AUGACAUCUCUUGUCCCUGUGCAAAUUUCUAUGAACCAGGGAUUAACAAUUUCCCCACUUCAUCCUACUGAUCCCUUUUUUGGGUCAUGGCUCGACACGGUACUCAAGUGCCUUCUUAAACAGCACACCUCCAAACUAACUUCAUUUACCGACGAAGUGCAACAACUUUAUUUAUUGGCACAGUAUUUCAAUGGGUUUGUUGAUGCCCAGAUUCUCAUUUACAACACAAUAGCCAAGGCAUUCGAAAUGUCUCGAUAUUUGCCCGGUGCAAUCGAAGCUUAUGAGAAAAUUUUGGUCUUACGACAUAAUGAUUACGAGACGAUCAUGGCAUUGGCAAGGACUCAUGGCUUAGAAGCGCACAAGGACGAGUUUGUUAAAUACGCUUUUCUAUCGGUCAGCAUGAAUCCCUACAAUUGGGAUUGGAUCUUGCAUAUAACCGAUUUAUUAUCGAACGGAUUCUAUACCCUUAAUCGAGAGGCUUUAUCGAUCCUUGAUCACGUCGUCAAUCAGCUUCCGAACGCCAAGGUCGGUACCGGGGCUGAAGUUUAUAACAUUCAAAAAAUUUAUAAGUUUCGUGGUAUACUCAAAGAAAAAAUUGGCGACAAAGUCGGAAUGUGCGCGGAUUGUUUAAACAUGAUCGCAAUUGGUUUUGGCGGUAAAACCCUACCAACAUUGAUUGACGAGUUAUUAUUAUCUCUUGGUUACAUCAACUUUAGUAUUAGCAAUUAUCCGACCGUAAUGCUGAUACCAGAAUAUGUCACCUCGACAUUGCCUGUCAUAUUGUUUCCUAAUUCCAAUGGCAUUAUUCCAGGUCACAAUGGAUUAACACUCGGGGAUAUGGUUUAUGCUAAAAUGGAAAUCAUAAAUGCUCUGCGCAUACUGGCAUUAGAAUUUGAAUUAGAUCCGCAAAUGAUUCAAAGUCAGCUGUGGAGCGCGUCUCCUCUUCGAUCAAUUACCUUGUUAAUGCUCUACAUAGCAAUCGCAAUUAAUCCAUCAGCUCAGCUUUGCCUUCAAAUGGCAAAGGUCUUGGUGCACGUUCAGGACAUUAUCAUAGUCAAUCAACAAACUUUCGACGGAGCUGAGCUUGCCAUAGAGUACCUCAAACUUGGUUUAAUUUACGAUAAGGAAAAUGUUGAAAUUCACAGUCACAUGGGCGAUAUCUUCUAUCAACAAAGAAAUUUUGUUGAGAUGUUCAAUUGCUACGACCAUGUACGACGCAUAGAUCCUCAGUUCGAAUACAAAGAUGGGGCAAGAAUACGACUUAGAAUAGCUGAGGGUUAUUCUUACCUGGGUGAUUUAGCUAGGAUGUCUAAUGAUCUGAAAAGUGCAGUUUCUCAUUAUCACACCGCAUACAUGUUCGCCGAUUAUAAGAACAAUGCAUGUUUAGAUCAUCCUCGUUUCCUGACCACUCUCACUCAUAAUUUAAACCAUAUCUGUAAUUGGAAAGGGCGGGGUGGCAUCGGAGUUCAUUGGACAGACAUUUUAGGUAACUAUCGUACCGAAACUGUUCCCAGUUUAAAUAUUGGAUUUAUGAGGAUGGUAUCAAAAGCUGUUAACAAAGAAAUUAAGGAUGGUGAAAAUUAUGGGAAGGGGGUCAUUAAAAACUCGGGUGGAAUAAUACAUUUGUUGAGGAACUGGUGUUCCUCUCUUAAUGAAAAUGACAAGACAUUUUUGUACUUUAAAACAAUGACGACUCGAUGGGCGAAUCAAAUACCGAAGUUUAAGAAUGAAGGUGGCUGGAUUAUACGGACUGUUCAACAUUUAAUGCGCAGGAUCCAGCUUCGGUGGUAUCUAGACAAAUAUGGAAAAACUUAUCAAAGUCCUACUCCCCUACCUAAAAUUCAGCCGGAUGCGACGGCACGAAGUAAAUAUCAGCGACCACUAAUUCCUGUGGGGCUUCAACGUCCGACUAGCACUUGUGUGCAACCUUUUUAUACAUUUAUCUAUGAUAUGACUCCUCGUCAAGUGCGUUUGAUCAUACAUCGUGAAGCCUUAUGCGUUGCCUAUGAUGGUUGCACAGCAUCAUGGUUGGAUUCAUGUGUUCAUCCACCGCCGCCACCACCGUGCCCGAAACUUAAAAUUGGCUACGUGUCUUCCGAUUUAAGAAAUCAUCCAAUGGCCCAUUUAAUGCAAUCUGUAUUCUCCUUGCACGAUCGAAACAUAUUUGAAGUAUAUUGUUAUUCACUUGUACCAAGUGAUGGUUCUCCGUAUCGCGUCAGAAUUGAACAAGGUGUUGAUGUAUUCCGUGAAUGUAGUGGGUGGAAUACCGAACAAAUCGUAUCUCAGAUUGUAAGCGAUGGGAUCCAUAUCCUUAUUAACCUUAACGGCUAUACUGCCGGGGAGAGGAAUCAAAUAUUCGCUACACGCCCUGCUCCGAUACAGGUAGAACACAUGGGAUUUGCUAGUGCGAUGGGGGGAAUGUGGACCGACUACAACAUUCUUGACAAAUUUGUUUGUCCCGAGUCUCAGACCGGUGGUUACAAGUUAUUACAAAAAUCAACCCUUAGCGAUGGUGACUUACCCGGCGAGAUGGAUCCCGAGGAAGAUGAUGAUUGGACUUAUCCGGAAAAGAUCUUAUAUCUGCCUUCUACGUACUUCUUCAAUGAUCACAAACAAGGAUUCCGUGAUGACGGAAUUCUGAAUGGUAGCCCAUAUAAAGACGAUCCUAAUAUAGUGUGGGCACUAGAAGAGGAUCGACGUUGGGAAAUGCGUAAAGCUCUUUUUCCUAAUCUCCCCGACCAUGCAGUAUUGUUUGCAAAUUUCAAUCAACUUUAUAAGAUUGACCCUGUGACAUUUAUGACAUGGCUUAACAUCCUCGAGAAGGUUCCUGAGUCGUAUUUGUGGCUGCUAGCGUUUCCCGAAGAAGGCACGAAGAACCUUCAGGAAACCGCUCGAAAGUGGAAAGGAGCGAACAUUGCUGAUAGACUCAUCUUCACGGAAGUUGCCGGAAAAGAGCAACAUGUCUUAAGAGGAAGAGUUGCAGACCUUAUUUUGGACACUCCUCAGGUCAAUGCCCAUACGACAGCAUGUGAUACUCUUUGGUCAGGUACUCCUAUGGUCACGCUACCUGGACCUGACCAUAAAAUGUGCGGAAGAGUCGCCGCUUCAAUAUGCCUUGCAACUGGACUCGGCGAUAAAAUGAUAGUUACCGAUUAUCGUGAAUACGAAGAGACAGCUAUUCGACUUGCAAACUCCGUGUCAUAUAACUUUUGGCACGGAUGUUAUGCUGCCGGUUUGCCUGCUCGCAACCACAGGAGUGGUCAGGGAGAAUUGGUUGAGUUAAGGAAGCAACUCUUCCUUAAUAGAGAUAGCAUGCGACUUUUUGACACUGAAAAAGCUGUCCGAGAUUUGGAGAAAGGCUUCGUCGACGCCUGGAUUCGUUGGGUGGACGACAACGAACAAAACAUUCACGUUAGUUGA